UUUACAUCGCACCGGUGCUGUUCGUCAUGCUUCACGAAAAUGCAGACGCGUAUAGAGAGCGUCAGGAAGAAUUCAUAUCGAACUUGACAGGCACGACAAUGCUCGAGCUUGUGCUUGUUUCAACGCCCAUCCCGAUGGGAAUAUGGCUCCUGGCAGAGGCAAAGGUGUUGCUUGCAGGAUGCGAAAAAUCACUGCCGGCGUUGGGCUGGCAAGGUUUCUUCGUGGAACUUUUGGCUGUUGUGUUUCCUGCUCUGGUGUGCAUGCUUUGGCCAUCGCUGACCGUCACGCUUGUCCUGUCCAUGGCGUUGACAAGUGCCUGCUGUCGUCUCAAGCGUCGAUACCGCGUGACUUGCAGUGGCAAGGCAGACCGAAGCACGGACAUGCCCCGGGAGAAUGACUCGAGCUGGCCAAUGAUGGAAGCCGUCACAAAUAUUCGCGCAAGCAUCAUGUUGAUGACUUGCAUCACCAUCCUCGCCGUAGAUUUCCAGGUAUUUCCGCGCCGAUUCGCCAAGACCGAAGUGUUCGGUACCGGCCUGAUGGAUCUUGGAGUUGGCGCGACGAUCUUCGCAAGCGGGCUCGGCUCGGGAUGCAGGGUCAAGCGGGCAUCGGGACAUCCGAGACCAGGUUGUUCUGUCUGGCGUACUAUGCUUGCUGAUAUUGCGUCAGCAGCUAUUCGAGCGUGGCCAUUAGCUGCUCUUGGCUUGUCUCGUCUCGUGGUCAUCAAGGGGCUAAGCUACCAGGAGCAUGUUUCAGAGUACGGUGUGCACUGGAACUUUUUCGCAACUCUGUUCUUCUUGCGCCUUGUAGUGGCGCCGACGAAUCGAAUACGCCCCGUGCGUUUCAAGCCCUUUCUAGCGCUUGUGGCGAUUUCCGUGUAUCAGUGGUUUCUUGCAAAAGGCGGGCUCUCUGAUUUCAUCGUGCACGCACCGAGGGAUACUUUGUUCGCGAUGAACCGAGAAGGGAUCCUUGGACUCGUGGGUUUCGUAGCCAUCUACUACACGGCUGAGGAGCUGGGAUCCCAAAUUACGGCACAUCACCAGCAACUUCAGGCACGUCAACAUCAGCAGUCCUUAUCAAGCUCCGUGGCGUUUGCAGCGAGGGCUAACUUCGUCCUCUGGGGGCUUACGCUGUUGAGCGAGGCCUUUAUCCAGCAAACAUCGAGACGAAUGGUGAACCUGACGUACGUGCUGUGGGUAUGUGCGCACUCAAUGCUUAUGCUUGGCCUUCUGAUGGUCGUCGAUAGUCUCAGCUUGAAACGACCAACAUCGCGGGUCUUGGCAGCUAUCAACAUGAACAUGUUCCCGGUCUUCAUGGUGGCGAAUCUUGCAACAGGAGCAGUAAACAUCUCCAUGCGAACCCUGGAUGCAGACACUCUGAGCGCUAUCAUGACUUUAACCAUUUACGUUGUGUUCGUAGCAGGAGUUGCUGUGGCCCUUUCCAAUCGCGGUUUGACGAUAAAGGUGUAAACUGCCACAAGGUACUCGAAUGGGUGGUUGCUGCCAUAGUUAUUUCAUUCAGGGACUCGCGAUUCUCGUUAUAGUGAACUAUGCCGGGUGCCUGCUGAAGUGAACAUAAUAGGGCAAAGUAGCUCAGAAAGGAUUUCGCAGCUCAUGAACAGGGCUCAUGCACAGCAGUGUCAGCCGAUUCGUUCGCAUGAAACUUGUCCGACACCACGCCCCAGGCGUUCGAAAUUGCCGGUAGUCGGAAUGAGGCUCUCUUUUCUCACCAGGUUUGCUAAUCGUGGUCCCGGACUUUUCGCCCCCGGGUGGUCGAGAAAGGCACUGAAACCUCGAAAGUCACUCUCAUUGUACGUGUACUGCUGUAGUAGUAGUGGCUGGAGUUGGGAGGUCGAUUGUAGACGAGGUGUAUCCUCGUCUCGAUAUUUUCUGGACCUGCAGUAUUGCAGCUGAGAGCUUGUCGUAUUACUUGAGGGAAGGGCGGCUGAACCCUUGUCACUGAAAAAAGGAUCAAUACAAGCACCAAGGGUUCCUCACUGUGACCCUAGAUCGGAGCUAAUGCGUUGGGUGAGGGGUACCCACCCGUACAUAUAGGGGUCCAGCCCCCCCCU